AUGCGUCGAGGACCACGCUUACCCGGCUGUCGCAGGAUCAAAGAGCUGAACCGACGGCGUCCCAAGCCAGCAGGCGGCCAGUCUCAACCUCAGGUAGCCUUCUCUUUUGGCGACGGCACCGCAGACACCGGUAUUUCAGCGAAUCCCCCAGCUGCCAACGGCUUCAGCUUUGGCCAGUCUCAGAGUUUCCCUGGAGCAGCACCCAACGCCACCCAGAACGGAUCCCAGCCUGUCGCUUUCGGUGGCGGUGGUUCUUCAAGCUUUAACUUUGGCUUUGGCACUAGUUCUGCUCCUAGUGCCGGUCCUGGUCCUGGGCCUGCCGUGAACAAUCCGUUUUCCAACCUCAACGGCGGUGGCACGCAGUCUCAGAAUCAAACGCAGACCGGUGGCCUCUUCAACUUCUCCGGUGCGUCCACGCCAGCGAGCCAGCCACAAGGAGUGUUCGGUACUGCCCCCCAAACUGCACCUACCCAGCCUUUUGGUCAACUUACAAACUCAUCUGCCCCCGCCACUGCGUUUCAACCUCAACCAGCGACAACUGGAACCUCCAAUCUGUUCGGACAGUCUUCUACUGCCCCUACCUCUAGUUCAUCUUCUGUCUUCCAAUCUAAGCCAGCGACAACUGCACCAUCACUAUUUGGACAGUCCACCCCAGCAACCACUACCGGUGGUCCCUCUUUAUUUGGCCAGUCUGCUGCUGCUCCAGCUUCCACUUCCUCAGCCUCCCAACCUCAAACUACAGCGACGACUACCUCUUCUUUGUUUGGAAAGUCAUCGUCUCCGGCUGUUGAUAGCGGCAUGUUUGGCAAAUCUUUCGACACUCCGAACCAAAGUUCGUCUACAUUUCAGCCCAAGCCAGCCAUGGGUGGCUCUACUCUCUUUGGACAGUCUUCUACAACUGCUCCUCCACCCAGCUCAUCUACCUUUAAACCCAACGAAUCUCUGUUUGGACGAGCUGCCCCGCCACCAUCUGCCACGGCUCCAUCGAAUUCUAACAUAACAUUCAACCAAACUGCCAGUGGCCCGUUCAGUGCCCCAAAUUUCUUUGGAAGCACUACUUCUACUGCAGCGGGCGCCAACGGUGCCAACGUAUUUGGUCAAGCCCAGCAGUCCAAGGCUCAAAGCGGUUCGUUAUUUGCUCCCUCCACGCUGGGAACGACGACUCAGAAUGCCACUGGAGCAAAGUCUCUUUUUGGCUUUAACAAUGAGCCUGAAGAUAUGAGCACUUCGCCUGAUGCUAAACAUAAAACAAAUGGACAACUCUCAAAUGCAUCGUCCGCUUUCAACUCUUCUGUGAAACAACCGUCUGCUACAACAGCGUCGACCUUUGCACCAUCUUCAAAUGCGGCACAGCCCCCAGGCGCCUCGAAUCCUUUCAACCUAUUUGGAGAUGCCCCGAAAUCUACUGCAUCUACAACUCCUGCCAACCCCGCACCUGCAUCCAAUCCGUUCAUUGGUACCGGUACUUCGGGCUUCGCGCAGGAAAAACCAUACGACUCACCGGCUUCUGCUGCCUUUGGAAAGCGCGGGCGUGGGCCUCUUGAAGCCUUCAAGCCUCAGAUAACUGCUAAGAGCAAAACUCCCGCACCAGCUCUCGGCCCUUCGCCUAUGAAGGCCGCAGAGACUAAUGAUCGUUCUCGGCUGUCUCCCGAUGAGAACCGAGAUUUCACCAAGCGAGCACAAAUUCGCGACUUGAACCGAGGCUUUAAAGAGUUGGUUGAUUCAUUUGAUCCUGAUACCCAGAAUUUGGACGAUGUUAUUCUCUUUUACCUUCGAGUCCGCAAAACCAUGGAUGCUCCUCUCGGAUCAUUUACAAACAAGCCCGGAAAGCGCAAGCUUGGCCAGGUAGCUGAUAUCCAUGCUGAUAAUCAUCUUUCUUCCAAAAAGGCAAAGGAAUCCUCAAUGGCUCAUGGUGCAACCCCCGACUCCCAGCUGUCACCUCCCAAGAACAAGAGAAAGGUAUCUGAUGAUGAAGAGGAUACCAGCCCAAGUGGCAAACGCAGAGCUACAGGUCCCGUACUUGAUGCAACCCAGUCCAUUGGAUCUGGGUCUACGACGGCUGGCAUUUUUGCAAAUGCAUUUGCAUCUGGUGGUUCUGAAGACAAAGAGCCUGCCACUGCCACCCCGAGCUUCAAGCCAUCAGUUAGCGCUUUUGGCCAACCUAGUCCGUUUGGCACAGCCCCCAGCACUUCUACAGCCAGCAAGGAAACCAACCUCUUUGCCCCGAAGCCCAAAGAAGGCGCCCAAUCGGUGCCAAAGCCUGCCUUCGAAGUUCCCAAAUUUGCAACUUCUGGGGAAAGCUUCGUGAGUCAGUUUGGCAAGAAAUUCGGCCAGCCUGCGUCAAAGGAGGCCCAGGAAGCUAUUCAGGGUGUCAAGCUUGAUAUUCCCAAAUUCAACGUCUCGUCCACCUCAAAUUUCAUCAGCCAAUUUAGCCAACAAGCUGCUGGUAAUGACGACGACGACGACACUAGCGAAUCUGAAGAUGAGGAGCCGGUGGCAAAGAAAACCACGACCACACCUGCCGAGCCCAAGCCUGCGUCAUCGGUCUUUGAAACUAAAUCUUCUGCGCCCUCUGUUGGCAGUAACAUUUUUGGCCAUCUCUCCAAUUCUGCCACGAAUACCGAAGGCGACUCUUCGGAUGACGAUCUCACUGAGCACCUGAAGAAGCGUGCCAGCAGCUCUAAACAAGAGGCCAAGGCCGAGGCCGAAGAGCCAUCAAAGGGUACUUUGUUCGACCGUAUCCGCAAGAUUGACGGAACUCCUGUUCAGGUCUCAGACGAAGAGAAGCCUGAAGCCCCAAAGCCACAGCUAUUUGGCCAGCCAACUUCCAACCCCUUUUCAUCUUUGAAUACAUCGAGUGGCCCUAGUCUCUUUGCUCCCAAACCCUCGACACCCAAUCCAUUCGGCGGUCUUGCAAUUCCUAAACCCGCAUCUCACCUGCUUUCUGCCACUGCUACUCCUAGCGUCACAUCAGAUUCCAAUGCUGACGAUACCGACACCGACACUUACAAGGACACUCAGCUUAACCUUAUGAGCAACGCUGGUGAAGAAGGCGAGGACUGUAUCUUCAAUGGUCGUGCCAAAGGCCUCAAGAGCGUUGAAGCAAAAGUUGGUGAAAAGUCCGAGAAGUCUUGGGAAACUCAGGGUGUUGGUGCUCUUCGGAUUCUCGUCAACAGGGACACUAAGCGCGCUCGUAUUCUCUUGCGUGCCGAACCAAGUGGAAGAGCUGUGCUGAACACCUCGAUCAACCGCGCCAUUGAUUACAAAAUCCAGGGCACUAGCUGCCAGUUUCUCGUGCCUCGCGAAGAUGGCUCCGGCAUGGACCUGUGGACACUUCGCAUCAAGAAAGAAGCAGCGGAGGAGCUUGAAGCUGCGUUGAAAUCUGCCAAGGAAGGCUUGGCCACUUAG